AUGCAACACAAAGCCUGUGGGCAACAUAUCUACUCAGGCGAGACAGGUGAGACGGGCAAGAGCGGGGUGAAUGAGGUAAGCGUCAUAGGACGUGGGCGAGGUGGGCGAUAUGGACGUGGGCGCGAGACGCAGGCGAGUUGCGGACGUGGGCACGAGACAGGAGACGUGGGCGAGGUAGGAGAUAGGCAACAUGGACGAGGCGGGCGGCACGGAAACGCGCGACGCGACGAGAGCGAGAGCCAGUGGGCGAACGAGGCAGAUCACACAGUGACGCAGGGGCAAAACGUGGGCGUCACGGAGGUGGCGAUGGACAUGGGUGACACGGGCGAAGUGGGCGAGAUGGGUAAGAUGGGCGAGGCGAACGAGACUGACGAAGCAGGCGAAGUGCGAGACGAGCGAGAGACGAGCGAGACGAGCGAGACGAGCGAGGUUCGAGGCGCGCGCGAAAUGGGUGACGCAGGCAAGGUGGUGACGGACGAAGUGGGCAAGACGGGCGAGGCGGACGAAGCAGGCGAAGUGCGAGACGGGGGUGAUACGAGCGAGAAGAGCCAGACAAGUGAGGUGCAAGGCGCGCGCGAGAUGGGUGACGCGAGAGAUGUGGGCGAUACAGGCAGGACGGACGAGGGGGAUGAGACGGGCCAGACGGGUGACAGAGACGAGCACGGGCGAGGUGCGAGGGAACGGAAAGAGAGAGAAGGGUACCGGGAGGGGUUGGGAGGCGUCGGUGUGGCGAGGACGGGAGGCGGGCUCAGUGGGCCACGGAGGACGGUGCUGGCAGUGCCAAGCGCCAGAGUUCACGCAACGCGCGUCGGUUCCCACGCGUCCGCCGCUGCCAGCGUGUCCUCCGAGUCCGACUCUGUGCUCACUGCUAUCAUCCCCAUCCUCCCCGUCCUCCCCAUCCUCCCAUCUUUUCCUCCUGGCGCAACAUCUUGGAGGACCACGCGAACACGCCCCUCGCCUGCCGCUUCCUCAAUGAGCUGUCCCGGCCCCUUUGUCUUGCCCUUGUGCACGGUCUCCCCUCGUGCGUGGUCAUGGCAGGGCUGGACUGUCGCCUGCAACAGCUCUGGCUCCUUCGCGAUCAAGCACGCGGUGCACACCGCGAGCUCGCUUGCAACCAGCCGUGGGGUGCCGCUCCGGCUGGAGCACCUCGCGGGCACGCUCGACACGAUGGAGGAGUUUGCGGCCGAGUUUGUAGGCCCCGGCCCCACCUCCCGCCCCCCGACCCCGCAAACCGGUUACCGCACACGCGCACACGGCCUGUCUGCCCACACAGCUUUGGCGCGUCUGCCGUGGCGAAGGACUACGUCUUCUAGCGCCACGUCGCCCGCCCACUUCGCCCGUGUCCGAGUCGUACGCCUCUCCCUCCUCACGCCUGCGUCUACGUCCGCGUCGUCCACGUCCGAGUUGCCCACAUCGCCCGCCCACAUCCGCGUCGUCCCCGUGCCCGUGUUACCGUGUCGCUGA